ACGUGGGUAGCCAUUUUUGCUUGGCGGGAAAGUUCCAAACUCCCGCGCGCCAUCGCUCAUUUAGGCCUCCCCUAAGACGGUCUCGGAGGCAGAGCAGGGCAAGGAAAGACGGAGAUGCAGAUCAGGAUCCGCUGCAACUGCGGCGAAGGGGCCUGCGCCGAGUGGGCCAUCGUCGAGCUCCAAGGCGUCGUCGAGCCCCAGCCAUCCAUCGGUGAUCAGAUCCAGGGUCUCGAGAUCGGACGCCUCUGUUGCACCUCAUCCUCUUCUUCCUCUCAGGGAAGCUACACCUUCACCGUCGGCUACCAUGAAUUGACCGGGUCGAGAGUGUCGCUGAAGAAGCCAUUGCUGGUGCUGAAGAAAAUGAAGGCAGCAGUGGAUGGAGAUGAGAGGGGGACGGAAUUGGAAGUCAUUGCAAUUAUUCGCCAUAAGAUACUCUUCAAGAGCAGGCCCAAAGCCUUGAUUUCAAGGCCACAAAUAAAAGAAAAGAAAAUGUCAUAGUGACUGCAUGCGUAUGCCAAGGUGGAAGAUUUCUUCUUUUGCGUGAACUCAGUGCUUUUAAACAAUGAAAGUUUUUAAAGGAAGGUAUCGAAAUUCAAGUGGAUCCGUGGACAAAGACAAUAUAUCAGGUUUUUUCAUCUAUAGGUGUUGAAGUUUAUCUGUAUUUGUGAGUCAGAUGUAAUGUUGUCAAUGAUAUUAUAACAUGUUUCAAAUAUUUACCGUGGUAACCAAAGAAAUGUUCCGGUA